AUGGAGGUGCAGUAAAACGCUGGACGUCCACGAGUCAAAGAGCAGCUCUUCAACAGCAACCAGCUCCAUCAGGCAGUAAACGCUUUAAUAUGCUGCUAAUUAUUUCUGAGAGAUUGGAUGUUGAUUAAAAAGCGAAACAUUUUUAAUUAUAACUCAAAUGUUAAUGCUGUCCCAAGUGAAGAAAAUGUUUAGGCUUACGCGAGGAGAACUUCUAAUAGACUGAACCAAAGCUCCACUCUUCCAAUUUAGAAGCUUGUUUAUUUUUCUUGACUUUUAGCACUAAAUGGGCUUAACUGCUGUUGUUUCGUUGGGUGUCAUUUGAUGUUAGUGUAUGUCAUCAAUGCCCAACCGGAGCUGCCUAGCCUGAACCCUGUCUCCAUUUAAAAUUCAUGACAUUCUAGCUCUGCAGGGAUUUCUGAUCAUGCUUUGCCCACCCAGGUAAUUCCUUUAACUCAUGCUUGGGCAACUUCAGCUUGUUCUCAUUUUAACACACUUCGGUUGCGACUUAAUUGAUUAGUUUUUGUCACAUACACCGGAUCGGUGCAGUGAAAUGUGGUGUUUUACACGGUCAGCCAUAGUAGUACGGCACCCCUGGAGUAAAUUAGGGUUAAGUGCCUUGCUCAAGGGGACAUCGAUAGAUUUAUCACUUUGUCUGCUCGAUUAUUCGAACCAGCGGCCUUUUGGUUACUGGCCAAGCGCUCUAAACGCUAGGCUACCUGCCGCCCUUGGAAGAGUGCUUGUGCACAGUCAUUUGUGAAGGGGAUGGUAUUGGAUUCACAAAUACACCAUAUUGAGCUGGAACUCAAAAUGAAGACACAUCAGUCUCUUGUUUUAUUCCGGUAGAGUCUCUAUACAUAAUUGCAGGAGGAUUUAGAAGACUUCCUGAUAAUGUGAGUUUGCUGUAGCUACUGACGACACUGGAGCGAAACCUCUCUGGUCCUGAGGCAGUGCUAGCGCCAGCGCCUCCUUAGCUUGCUGCCUGCCUGCCCCAGAGCCAGGCUCAGGAUUUAAUUGUGGUUUAUUGGACAGGAUCUGGGGAAUGCUGAUGAGGGAAAGGCUCUCAAUAAUGCCACAAACGGUCCUCCUGCCAGUGCCUUAAGUGGUCUAUUUGUGAUUCAGCAUGCAUGCUCUCUUUCUCUCUCCCUCUUCCGCUCCCUGUCUGACUGCCAGGCUGGCAUGGAGUCGAGCUCCCAAGGGGUGAGUGUGUUAAUGCGGGCCCCCAGGCCCGGGGACCAGGGUAAUUGGGUUCGCAUGGUCGGUGUCAGGGCACCACCACCGCUCCCUACACAAAGGCCACAUCCCAGCCAAGCUGUUCAGGACAGAGAGACAAACCCCUCAUCACUGGUGUAAUUCAUUGGAAAGGCUUAUUGAAUUACUGGAAUGGUGUAUGUGCUUUUUGUAUGAGGGCCUGCUGUAGAUUGCGCAAUGAGCUGAGGGCCUUGUGUUUGCCUGCCUGCUUGCGUGUUCAGCUCUCUCUCUCAGCUCAGACGCUUGGCUCUGAACACUACCGUGAAUAACGGCAGACGGCUGAGAAAAGCUGUAAUAUCCCCAAAUGGCGUAAUUACUGCAGAUUCCAUUCAGAUAACCUUCUCUUGUUUCCAGUGCCUGUUUGACCAUGUCUGCAUGUAGGGGUCACAGAGCCUGUUGUCUGCGUUGUGACAGCCUGGAGGCUGGAGCUUUUUGGCUGGGCUGGUGUCUGCUGCAGCUUAAUGUUGACAUGCAUGCACAUCCAUGUAGACUGUUGAUUUGUUUGGUUUGUUUGAUACUAAGUGAUUGGAGCCCCCUCACUAGUAUGUUAUGCUCAUAGCAACAAGAGUGAAGGUGUUCAUUUCUUUGCCUGCUUGCCUUUUUCAGGUCCAGUGGGUUUAAAAGAAACCCAGCAUUAAGUUUUGCAAUGUUGACUAGUCUCUUCCGCCUGGCUAUGUGUAGCAUUAAACUGACCCAUACACCACACAGUGGCACUCUCCUCUAAUUGGAAGUAUAAUUCUGAACUAUGAUGAUCAGCCACUGGUGAGGUGGGAACAGGGGAAUCGGCGAACCCACCUCCCCUGCAAUAUACUACAUUAUACCGUUGGCUACUUCACUCAAUCACCAGACCCAACCAACAUAAAACAGGUUCUCAACACUAAAACAGAACUCACCACCACAAUCCUACCCCAUACACACACUGUUAGGACCGCUGUCUGAAAAUAGCUGCUGUCUCAGAGCCCAGCUUGGCUGUGGUCUUCAAUAAGCCGAACAAUGUGCUCAGCAGUGUGAGCAGUGAAGUGAUAAUUGACACAUCCUAAAAAUUCAAGAAGGCUGUUGUUAAUGUUCCUUCUCUUCCUCUGAGUGGAUUUAACAGAACCACUUUAAGACUUUAAUUGACAAGGAAUACUGCCAUUAAAGCCGUUGCCUUGGCACUGCCAUUACCUACUUUUGAGUUUUUUAAAGAUGAUGAGACCCACUUGGGGCGUUCACGCGGCACCAUUACAAAAGCUCACGUGGAAUCACAAUGGCCAGUCGUGUUGCUAUUUUAGUUUCUGUUUAAAAAAACAUAAGUCUUCCAAUAAGCCCUGUGCCUCCAGGGCUGGAAAAAGUGAGGAAUCUCACUUUGUCUGAAGGGCAGGUGAGCGUGGUUCCCACCCCUCCCUGUUUCCCCCCUUGCAUAUCAGUAGGAAAACAAGGGCUUCUCCAGCGCUGGAACCAGGCUGUUGAUAUGGAAGGUAUGGCCAGGGUUUCAGUGGAGAGAGAUGAUGCCAAAAGCUUGUUACCAGGUUACAUCACUGUUGUUGUGAGUUGUGUGCCAGAUCUUCAGGCGUAGCAGAGGGAGCUCGCAGAGCCAUUCCUCUCUCCGUCGCCAAGCUACCGUCACGCUCUCCUCACACACACCAACAGGCCAGGCUGUGGGCAGUAUUUAACCAUCAUUGGUUUCACUCAGAGACAGCUAGAUCGCUGAAGCCCUGAGCUGGGGGAGCCCUGUCCUCAGCCUCCACUCAACUCACCUGGCUUGCAUUUUACCCAUCAACCCCCUUCUACCACGCAGACUCACCGCAGCCCAGCCUGUCGUCACUAUGACGUCGGAGCUGGAGAGUAGUCUGACCUCCAUGGAUUGGCUGCCUCAGCUGACCAUGCGGGCAGCCAUCCAGAAGGCUGAUGCCCAGGGGCACCAUGGGGGGCCGGGCAUGGGCAAGAAGAGUGCAAUGCUGGACCCCAACACCACUCUGGACCAGGAGGAGGUCCAGCAGCACAAAGACGGCAAGCCGCCCUACAGCUACGCCAGCCUCAUCACCUUCGCCAUCAACAGCUCGCCUAAGAAGAAGAUGACCCUGAGUGAGAUCUACCAGUGGAUCUGUGACAACUUCCCCUACUACCGGGAGGCAGGCAGCGGCUGGAAGAACUCAAUACGGCACAAUCUGUCAUUGAACAAGUGUUUUCUCAAAGUGCCUCGCUCCAAAGAUGACCCAGGAAAGGGCUCCUACUGGGCCAUCGACACCAACCCAAAGGAGGACGCCCUGCCCACACGGCCAAAGAAGAGGCCGCGGUCCGGAGAGCGGGCUUCCACACCGUACACCCUGGAGUCGGAGUCUUUGGGAAUGGACUGUAUGAUCUCUGGAAGUGCUUCUCCAACUCUGGCAAUCAACACUGUGACUAACAAGGUGGCAUUAUACAACCCAGACCAGGAUGGGAGUGACAGCCCAAGAAGCAGCCUUAACAACAGCCUGUCUGACCAGAGUCUGGCCUCCGUCAAUUUAAACAGUGUGGGCAGCGUGCACAGCUACACACCGGUGACUAACCACCCAGAGCCGGUGUCUCAGUCGAUGAGCCUCCAGCAGCCCCUCCAGCCCCAGUACAACAUGCCAGAGAGGGACAAGCAGCUCCUCUUCUCCGACUUUGAAGAUCUCAGUGCCUCCUUCCGCAGCCUUUACAAGUCUGUCUUUGGGCAGUCCUUCAGCCAACAGGGUUUGAUGGGCAUGCCAACGGAAUCGUCCCAACACACCUCCUGCUCCUAUCAGCACUCACCCAGUGGCACCAUUAGCACCCAGAACAGCCUGACAAACAACCACUCCAGCAGCGGUGGCCAGGUGCCUCUGUCCCACCCUCCCCAGCUCCCUGGCCAGAACGCCCACCCCGGCCAUGGCUCGCCCCACACACAGCACAUCUCCCAGCACGGCCCACACAACCAACAUGGCCAGCACAACCAACACAGCCAGCACCAGCACCCCCAUCACCCUGCACACUCCCAGCAUGGUCCGCACCCAUCACAGCACACGCCGCACCCCUCCCAACACACACAGCACACCCAGCACCCCUCCCAACACUCACAGCAGCACGGCCAGCACCCCUCCCAGCAGCAGCAUCAGACUCUGGCUCACCAGCCCCAUCCUGCCCAGCAACAGAUGGCCUGCAACACGGGUCUGCCCUCUGACUGGUACCCAAAUCUGGACGCACUGAAAGAGAGCUGCCGUAUUGCCAGCAGUUAUAACUGGGCUGAUGUCGACCUCUCACCUUUUCAAGGACUGAAGGAGAGCAUGAGACUAGCAGAGCAGAACAACUGGGCCCUGGAGCCCACACAGAUCGCAGAUCUCUGCUCAUCUAUCAACCAGUUCUUCGCCCGCACCGGUGUCAUUCAGCCACAGGGGGCAGUGCAGCCCGUACCCGUAUGCCAUGGCUCCAUGCACCCCAACAAGCCCAGCCAGCACAUGGCCACAGGAAAUCUCUACAUGGACUCAAGACAGAGCAUGUCUAUGAUGGGCCCCCCAGGAUACCCCCACAUGCCCCCAAUGAGCAGCGCAGGUCCCACAAUGACAGGACACCAUGCGCAGAUGAACCAGCAGCACAUGAUCUCUCCCAGAAACUUCCAGAUGCACCGCAUGCCAGCUGAUGACAUCCAGGAUGACUUUGACUGGGACUCCAUUGUCUAAUGUUAGAUGUUCUGCCCCUUACAAGGAACGGUCAGGUGGUGCAGAGCAGGUGGAAGUAGGAGGAAGAAGCCAGGCUGAGCUGUACGCUCUAGCGAGGAGACUGACUGUUGCUGGUGGGAUACAGAACAGAAGAGCAGGUGUUGUUUUGGGAGGAUAGAGGGAGAGACUUCAGAGUGCUGCCAUUUUUACUAACAAAAUGAAACAUACAAAAUAAAUGUUACUUUGAAGACAAUCAUAUUUACUAGGACAUGUUUAAGUGGUGGCUUAUGUGCUUGUCUUGACCAGGCAAGUAGCACACGUUCAUGUCGAAACAAAUCCUCCAGUCCUCGUUCCUCAGCCAGCCCUCUCCCAUCCCCCUCCCAGCCAGCAGCUUUCCAAAGUUCCCCCAGCUCCCUCCGUAACUGUUGUGUGAUUUGAGCGACUUGUUCCGCUUGUUAUCCGUCUCGUGUUGACUUUAGGCCUCGGCUACCUCUUGGAUGAGUUUCUCUCUUUAUUCGUUUUUAUUAUUUUAUGGAAAACGCAGGCCGCCUGUGGUGCUUGUGGGUUUGCUUUGGAUGGAACCCCAAUAGUGGGUGUAUUGGUAGGAAGGUUAGGAUCCCCAAUAGUGGGUGUAUUGGUAGGAAGGUUAGGAUCCCCAAUAGUGGGUGUAUUGGUAGGAAGGUUAGGAUCCCCAAUAGUGGGUGUAUUGGUAGGAAGGUUAGGAUCCCCAAUAGUGGGUGUAUUGGUAGGAAGGUUAGGGUCCCCAAUAGUGGGUGUAUUGGUAGGAAGGUUAGGGUCCCCAAUAGUGGGUGUAUUGGUAGGAAGGUUAGGAUCCCCAAUAGUGGGUGUAUUGGUAGGAAGGUUAGGAUCCCCAAUAGUGGGUGUAUUGGUAGGAAGGUUAGGAUCCCCAAUAGUGGGUGUAUUGGUAGGAAGGUUAGGAUCCCCAAUAGUGGGUGUAUUGGUAGGAAGGUUAGGAUCCCCAAUAGUGGGUGUAUUGGUAGGAAGGUUUACAAUAACUGAGGUUAUGUUUUGAACAGGGUGUUUUGCAUUGAACUAGGCUUCACAUAAAGAACACAUGCUUUAUCAUAGAGCGUUGUCCUUUAACCAACACAUCUGGCCCAGCUAAGCUAAUUGUGUACAUUCAGAAACAUUACCGGUAGUAUUUGUUGUGGUUUUGUGUCUAUUCUGUUAACAAUGUCAUACCUUUAUCUCCAAUACUCCAAGACUGAAACUGGUAGAUGAAUUCCAGACCUCAUCACCCCUCCCCCCUCACCGUCUGGCUUUUUUUUCCUUUGUCAAAAUAACACUUAGACUUAAAGUAGUCUCAUUCCCAAUCACUACAUCCUUCCACUGGUCCCGCAACCAAUGAGAUUGAUUAUAAUUUCCCUGUACUAGUGUAUUAAGGGAAUAGUUUGUAGUUAAUACACAAUAUGAGUGAGUACAAGUAUACACCUGUAGGUGUCUUUUCAUAUAUUAAACUCAGUGUACAUGCAGCACAAUGAACUGUAGGAUAUUUUCCUGUUAUCUUCUGAUGCAGGAAAUGUACUGAUAUAACUUAAUUACUACAAACAAUAGGAAUGUUCUUCAUUCAGAUGCUAUACGUCCCAAGUCAUCAGAAUCAAUCUCCCAAAUAUCUUGGUUGUGACCGACUUACACUGCAAGGCAGAAAAUAUGCUGAAAUACCAUGUAAAAAGGGAACAAGGUGUGUGUGUGUGUGUUUGCCCUAAAAUUACAAUCAUCUGCAUAUGCUAUCAAUGAGCACCAAACAGAUGCAGAAAGAAGAGAUGAAAGCAAGGGUUCAAGGCAGAUGUGCAUUUUGGUUAGGAUCCCCAACAGCCAGGUGGAGAUGGAGGAUGGGAGACUAGAGGUUCUGGAAACACUCCUGUCCUCUCUGUCCCUCUUUGUCGUCUUAAUCAGACUGGCCCUGAACCCCCAUCAUGGUGCUGCGUUAAGCCUGUAUAGGAGCUUUGUCUGGGUAGAGCACAGUUCAUCUUCCCUUUUUUAUUUGUUCCUCCACUAUUGGCCCUUAGAUAAACAAAAUCUUUGGCUGGAUAUGGUUUUACUCCAUUUCUGAAAAUCAUGACAUUGUUUUGUAAUAUCACAUAAACACCGCUGGGGCCAGACACCAAUAUGUCUCUUGUGACAGUGUACAUGUGUAGAUACUGAACCGCCAUUGUCCUUUUGAAACAGGAGGCAGAAGACAAGAAGGGAAGCUUGGCUGGAGCUAGUGCUAGUGCUGGAGCUAGUGCUGGAGCUAGUGCUGGAGCUAGUGCUGGAGCUAGUGCUAGUGCUGGAGCUAGUGCUAGUGCUGGAGCUAGUGCUGGAGCUAGUGCUGGAGCUGGAGCUAGUGCUGGAGCUAGUGCUGGAGCUGGAGCUAGUGCUGGAGCUGGUGCUAGUGCUGGAGCUAGUGCUGGAGCUGGAGCUAGUGCUGGAGCUGGUGCUAGUGCUGGAGCUAGUGCUAAUGCUAAUGAUAGUGCUGGAGCUAGCUCUUCUCACAGCUAGCUAUACUGCCAAGCAUAUCUGCAAGGUUUCACAGAUCUUUUAGCAGCCAGUUCGUUAAUACUGCCCAUUGUUUUGAUCUUAAAUGUUUUUAUCUUCCUUUUCCUUCUUUUUCCUUUUCUUACUUCUGCUACUUUUACCUGUACCGGAUUUUCGGUUAGAUUCCCAAAUGUCCAUUGUAUUUGAAAGCGUUGUGUGUGGCUGAUUGUCCUGCCUGUGGAUACCCAUUGAGUGUUUAGUCUUUGUUUAAUGGCCAAAAUCAGUCAGUCAGUCAGCCAGCCAGCCAGCCAUUUAAAGCACAGUCUGAUUGCUCAUUCAGUUAAAAAGCCAAGAUCACUUAAGAUUGUCAAUCAUUGAGCCCUUCAUUAGUGAAGGAGGACUACUUUAUGGAGAAAAGAUCAGUGUAGUGAUUUUUAAUUGACCAUUUGAUUGCUAGUUGAAGUCAGUGUGGGUGCUGCAGACUCUGGGACUCACCUAAGAAAUGGGUGUUUUGAGGAACACAGUGAGAAUAUGGAUAUAAAAGUGAUAGGGAAGUCUUGGCAGCCCAUGGUUUUGUAUGUUGCAUUUCAUCACUGGUAAUGAUGAAGGCACUAAUGAAAAACUCUCGGACAGCCUUAGGGUAUGUAGUAAAUCCACCCCCACAGUUCAGAGGAGAUGGGAUGGGCUGGAAAGAGCUCAUGGAUGUGAUCAGAGGUAAAGAGGAAGGGAAAGACGAUGACUGGAUCACCCUCUUAACUGUGUGUGUGUCUGUGUACAAGUGAGUACAUUUUGUUUAAAAAGACAAUGACAUUUUUUAAAUACUGCUGGAGAUGUACCUGCCAGAGAGAUUACUAUGAUAUGAAAAAAGAAAAUAAGCCUUGUUCGCUUGUUACAUUAUGGAGAAAACUGCCAAGAAGUACUGCUGAUUGAGGCCUAUUUUAUUCAGUGCUGGUGUGUUGUUGUGCUUCUUGUAAAUAAAUGUCUUUUCAAUCAUCCCUUUUUCCUCUUGGGGGCGGGGCAUCAAGGCAAGGGGUUGGUCUUACUCAUGAGAGGGAAAAGAAUAGAGUAUUUUGUUAUUGUCCAAUCCGAGGGUGAGACCGUAUGUGUAUAUAUCUAUAUUGUAUAUAUGUGAUGAAAAUGUGUUGGCUUUUUGUGACACUACCUUUUACCUGUACUAUGGUUCUACAUUCAGUGUUUCAAUGUUGAUAAUAUAUAUUUUGUUAUGUUUUUCAGUUUUUGAUUUUGUCUUUGUCAUUUCUUGUAUUUGUUUUCUUUUUCUCCUUUUUGUCCUCUUGGUUAUUGCACGGUUUAUUACUUUUGCUGUCCAAUGAGGUGAUACAGCUACUCUUUGUAUUGGUUUAGUGCUGUAAAAUAACUUGUUAUUAGAGUUGUCGAUACCACCCCCAUCCCCAAUAUGCAUGAAUGGCACUUAAAGAAAUAAAAUGUUAACUUCACUGUGGAA